GUAAAGAGUAAAAUUCUCGAGUGGAGUGCCCAAAUGUUGAAUAAAGGAAUAGGAACGCGAGGUGGAGUGAAGGAGGCACUGGGUGCCAAGACUGGGAUGACCAAGGCGACCCAGGCCGCUAGUUACAAAGACAAGGCGCCAGAUUUGGGCAUCUGUGUGGAGGCGCCGUUGAUGGGUACUAUGGAGGCACCAUUGAUGGGCGUUGUUCAUUAUGUCCAUGCAGCUGAAGCAAGGGAAGAGGCGCCAGACUUGGGUGUUGUGGAGGCAUAA